AUGAGGUUCGAGAUGAACAAACUCCUCAAGAAGCCAAUGUUAGAUGGGCAAACUUAUGUGAUUGAAGAUGGCUCGGACUUGGUGGACGAAGUGAGUGAGGAGAUGCUUCUUGACGACCCUCUGGAGGUAGCUUUGACUAAAGCUGAAGGCGAGUAUGAUUUCCUGAAUGAGGAAGCCGAUGGCUUCGGGAAGAUGAUGGAUGCGAGCGGCAAGAUGGAGAGACUGCCCUGGAGCGAGUCGAGUGCGCCUAAGCUCGAGCUGAAAACACUCCCUGCGGGGCUCAGGUAUGCAUUUCUGGGACCUAACUCUACAUACCCUGUGAUAGUGAAUGCUGAGCUGAACAAUGUUGAACUUGCUUUGCUUCUCUGUGAGCUUAGGAAGUAUAGAAAAGCUAUAGGGUAUUCGCUAGAUGACAUCCCUGGAAUUUCUCCUGAUCUUUGCAUGCAUAGAAUACAUCUAGAAGAUGAAUCGAUGACUUCUGUAGAACAUCAGAGGAGGUUAAACCCGAAUCUAAAAGAUGUUGUCAAGAAAGAGAUAAUGAAACUUCUAGAUGCUGGUGUAAUUUAUGCUAUAUCUGAUAGUAAGUGGGUCAGUCCUGUGCAUGUAGUUCCUAAGAAAGGUGGUAUAACUGUUGUUAAGAAUGAUAGGAACGAGCUGAUACCCACUAGAACUGUCACUGGUUUCUUUCAGAUCCCCAUCCACCCAGACGACCAGGAGAAGACGACAUUCACAUGUCCAUAUGGCACUUAUGCUUAUCGCAGAAUGCCGUUUGGACUGUGCAAUGCACCGGCCACGUUCCAGCGCUGCAUGAUGUCUAUUUUCACUGACCUUAUUGAGGACAUAAUGGAAGUUUUCAUGGACGACUUUUCUGUCUAUGGAAGCUCCUUUGCUGUCUGUUUGUCUAAUCUGUGCAGGGUAUUGCAGCGGUGUGAGGAGAGACAUCUUGUGCUGAACUGGGAGAAAUGCCACUUCAUGGUGAGAGAUGGGAUCGUGCUGGGACAUAGGAUUUCGAGAAGGGAAUCGAGGUGA